UGAAAUAAUUCCGCGACUUCAUCUCCUCCACAAAAGCGGAUUCUCCUUUCUCACUUCGUCUAAUUAUUCUUUCUAAAAAUCCAAGCAUAGAGAACGUACUCCUCAAGAGAUUGCAAAUAUUACCGCCACAAAAUGUUCAGACAUCCACGAAUGACAGAACCGAUUAGAGCAGUGUCAGACGUCACCAAUGCUCUGAAACCCAUACCCGCCUUUGUCUGGGGGCAACCCGCAAUUGGCUAUCUCGGCACUCCGACGCUACUCGGUCACCCUCACAUAGUUGUUCGCGAUGAAGACUUCGAUUCAGCGGUACAAAAACUCGUAGAUGCGGGAUUCCCACCAUCAACCCCUAGACGCACGCCAGCUCCUGAAGUCUUACAAACGCUUCGUGAUCCUCAGCGUGCGAUAGACAGAAUAAAUGCUGGCUACAAGAGUCUCGAUGGUGUCUCCCGAGUUUUUGAGUAUCCAGAGCACUUUCAGUCUUUCCGCAGCGAACGCAUCUUUCUAGUUCCAAACUCGUUUGCCCAUCUACCGCUACCGCCUCUACCAUUGAAUACUGCACCUGCGGUUGCUCAUACCAAGGAAGGACGCACCGAUAAUGCCGGGCAACAAAAUCUUGCUAUCGAUAAUGCCCUUCAAGGUGCUGGGAAACUUUACAAUUACCAUGGUUACGAUGUCUUUGAUAAUUCAUUCUAUCCGCGAGAAUCAGCUAUAGUGGAGAGCUUUGUUACGGCUGCCGUCGAUGAGAUAAAGAGGGUCCGAGGAGAUUUCAAUGUCUACGAAGAUUAUUUCUCAUCUUGGGACGAGGUGCUGAGAUCGUGGGUCGCUCUGGUUGUCGGGUACUUGGAUGUUCAGAAAGAUGCUCUUGAUCAUUGCAAGAAUAAGCAUGUAGUGACAUGGUACAGCAAGAAUUUCGGUAAAGAUUGGGAGGAGCGCUACGGAACUCUGGAUCGUCGAGUAGCAAAGCGACUUGGAUCAGGAAAGGAGUUUGCCUAUGACAUGACGGGCAAAAAGCUGAAAGAGAACGAAAUGCCUCGUAUGCAUGGCAAAGAAAAUUGAUAGCGUAUCGAAAUACGAGGGCGUCAUGUACUUAGUUAAAAAUAACUCAAUAAUCAAAAUGCAGACAAUCCGUCAGGAAUUUCAUUUUCUAAAAGUAUAUAGAGUCAUUUUAGUAACACUGCCAUUGUAAAAUCUUCUGAAGCGUCUCAAAAGCAAGAGCAAAAAGAAAUAAAGAAAAAUGCGCAAGGAAAAAAAAAAAAUCAGUGAUGGCCUCGGAGACCUGACGGCAUGAAUUCGGUUUAUUUUAAUUGCCAAAGACUGCUGUACAUUUGACCAGUCCCUUCAACUCCCCUC